AUUUUAUAGGUUUUUCUAUAAUAUUGAUCUUUGCAUUAACUUAACUGAUUCAGAUAUCAGCAAUAUAUUUAUUUGUGCAAUUGCUAGGAGCAGUGCUGUGCAUUAUGAGUUAACAGUUACUCUAAGAGUUAUAAUUGAUACCAUUAAUCCAGCAACUCCAAUGCAGGAGUAUAUAUCAAAACUCAUAUAUGAUUAUUCAACUGAUGUGUUAGGGCACCUUUUAGAUAAGGAAAACCCAUUGUAUAUUAACAAAAUAGAGCUUCUUAAAAAAAAUGACAAUGACAAUGAUCCCAACCUUUACCUCUUAUUGAAUAUAACAGAUCUCAUAGCUUCUUGUACUACUGGACAUUGUCACUAUGCAGAAUCAGUCUGUUGCCAGUUUUACACUUUAGAUGAUCUUCUUAAUAUUUUGUUCAAUCAAAAAAUUGCUAUUCAUCGCAAAUUGCCAUUUAUUCGUCUUUUAAAUUCAACAUACUUAGCUACUGAAAGAGAUUCUGGUGAAGCUUGUGCUACUGCAUUAGCUGAAAACCGCCAGUUCUGGAAAUUUAAUAAAGAGAUUGUUAGUGAAACUUAUAAGUUAUGGAAGAAUUCUGAUAAAAUAACUGCUGAACAAAACUUAAGGAAGAGGAACAAUUUUUAUUGGAGUAUCACUCUGUUGAUGCAUACUGACAACUUAGCAACUAAGAUUGAUAAAAACUUUUUAUAUAUAUUUGAAGGGUUAAUUCCAUUGCUAAUAGCAUUUUAUUCAUCUGGUAGAUCUAAAUCAUGCAGUGAUAGAUUUACUGAGGCAGAAGAACUAGUACAGGAAUUAAAGAAAUUUGCUGAUUUUAACUUACCCUUUGUCACUGAGAAAAUAAUAGCCUUGGAGAAUAGUAGAUCUAUUAUCUGUCCUGAACCUAUACACGAUCAUCAAACUGAUGUGAAUGAUUCACAAACCAGUAGUCACAGUGAUAGUUUUCAAACGUUUGUUGAGAAAUGUUAUAAUACUUAUACAAACAAGUCAGUUACAAGGAACUCACCCAUGCAGAGCAGUGGAUUUGGUGGUUGUGAUCUAGACCUAGAGGACAUGCAAAGACGUUUACUCAUUCCUAGUGAUCCAGUUUUUCAAAAACUUAUUGAUAAAUUUAAAGACAGUGAAAAUCAUCUGAAGAAGGCCACAAAGAAGUCUUCUGCACAUGAGAUACAGACAAAAGAUUUGAAAGUGAAAUCCUUAAAAGCAACCAAACUCCUUUUAUUGCUACAAACUCUUAUUCAAAAGCAGAAACCUUUGGGUCUUCGAAAAAUUGACUUAGAAAACAUGACUUUGACAACACUUAAACUAAUUUGUGGAAUUGUUUACUCAGGAAUAAAAGAAGUGAAGUCUUCAAAACAUCAAGAAAAGCAACCCAAAGAUUUUGUUGCUCCUCUUCAAAAAAUAUUACUGGAUCAAGGAAUAGUACCAAUGCUCUUUGAUCUACUACAUCAUCCAAAUGUUGAUAUUACUUUUCAAGUGAUAGCAUGUCUUAAUGUCUUACUAUAUUUUGGAAAUGAAGAAGCUCAGCAAAUAAUAAUUUCAUUUACUCAAAAGGAUCGAAGUCUCAUUAUGAUUGUGCAUCAAAUUUUAAGAAAAUUUUAUACCAAAGCAUCUAUUGUACAAAAAGCAAAGUCAUCAAAAAACCAGCCAAUAAUAGAUUCCAGAGUGGCAAUAGUAUUAGAUGUCAUUGCUAGUCUUUGUGAUGGGCAGCAAAAAGAUAUACAGGAUGCAAUGAGAGAUGAACAAAUCUUUGAUGAGUCAAGCAUAAUUAAUCAAGUUUCUUUUGUGCUCCUUUACAUUAUCAACUCUGUGAAUUUUGAAAAAAAUGAAGAUGCUAUUGUAGUAGCACAAAGUGCUACUCAUGCAUUGAUUGAAAUGUGUGCUGGCAAUUACAAAAAUCAAAUAGUUGUUUUUAAAGCUCAAGUUGUCAUUUCUAUUAAUGGCAUAUUGGGAAAAGACUCAUCAGCUGUCAAUGAAGUUAAUUGGAAAUUAUAUGAGCUACAGUGUUCUAGUAUGGAAUUGCUGGAAAUAUUGCUAGAGGAAAUUGAUGAAAAUUCUUUAUCUCUGGCCAGUUGUAUAGCAAAACAUUUUGAGAUUUCAACCUUAUUACAAAGAAUGUUUAAUUUUUGGGAGUCUGCCUUAAUUAGAUCUAGAUUAUCUAAUGAGCAAUUUAAUAAAGACUUAUGCAGAGGUUACAGCAUUCUUAGAAGAAUUGCUGAUUUUAAGGAAAUAAGUGUUGAUACACUAGUUAGGAAAAAAUAUUUCAAAGAAGUUUUUAAAGACAAUAAUACCACUGAAGCAGAGAAAAUGUGGAAAAGUUGUACAAACUGGUCCAGUAGGGUUGAAAUAAUUUAUCAAAUGCAAAAUCAGAAGAAAUUACUUACUCGGGCUUACUUUCCAUGUGAUCCACAUGCAGAUUUUAGUGCAAAAGAAAAAGAAAUUUUAUUACUACACAUUAAAAGAAGAACACCUCAAGAAAAAUUGAUUGAUCUACUUAAAUGGACAAAAGAAUUGAAAUUGAGCAAUGAUCAAAAGAAAAAGACUAAUGAAAAAGGAAAACUGAAACUAUUUUACUGGAUUUUGCAAACUUCUACAAUAAGAAACAUCUGUCUUUUCCUGCUAACUAUACUUCUAAAUAUUUUUGUUUUUUUCCUAAAGUCUCCAUCCAAUGACGAUGUGCACAUUAAUGGAGUUUGUAAAAACAUUGAAGCAAAUAACGAAACAUGUGACAACACUAGUUCAAUUUACUUCCAGCCAAUAUUUGACCCUGAAGCACCUGAGUGGUAUUAUCCAGUUCACUACAUCCUCAGUGCUUUACAUCUUGUACUAGCAAUUUUUAUGGUGAUAUGCUACUUCUAUAAAAAUAAGCACAGGAUUCAUUUCAGGAUAUUUUGGUUCAAAAAAAUUAUGUACAAGUAUAAGAAAGGAGUAAAGCGUAGAAAGCUUUUAUAUAAUUUUCUGAAUAAGGUUUCUUGUGGAAAAAUAUAUUUUGGUAGACCAGAACCAGCUGAAUAUUAUCAAAUUUUUGCUCUGAGCUUCCAACCAAUGUAUCGCAUAUUGUUUUUAAUAUUUUCGAUUCUGGGAAUAUGGAAAGGAUAUUUUCUUUGUGGGUGCAUGAUUUAUCCAUUCCUUGGAAAUAGUGUCAUUCUUCACAUCAUUCAAGCUCUAAAAAAGAGUGCAUUCCAACUGUUGAUUAUCUUUGCCUUGGGCAUUGUUUUCAUCUAUAUUUAUGCUGUUGCCAGUUUUGCACUAAUUUCAAAUUAUUUUUCUGAAGAAAAGGAUGAAUUCUGUAAUAAUGUAUUCCAGUGUUUUGUCACAAUCUUACGCGUAGGACUACUGAAUACUUUGGGCUCUGCACUGGACGUGAGACCUUCUGAGGAAUAUCAGCCAAAUUUUAGUCUUGUUGGUGGACGUGUCAUUUAUGAUCUAGUUUUCUUUAUUGUGGUUACUAUAUUGGGAUUAAAUCUGGUCAUUGUGAUACUGAUUGACAGGUUCUCAGAGAUGAGACAAAAAAAGGAUAAAGUGAAUGAGGAUAACGAAAAUAGAUGCUUCAUUUGUAGCAAUGAAAAAUAUAAGUUUGAUGAACAAUGUGGCGGAAAAGCUUUCCAAAAGCAUUUGGAUGAUGACCAUAACAUUUGGAAAUAUAUUCAUUUUAUUUUGUACUUGCAAUCCCUUCAUCAUAAUGACCAUAAUGCCCUUGAGAAGUAUGUUUUGCAACAGGUAAAAGAUGAAUCUAUUGAUUUUUUCCCAAUCCUUCGAGCUAAAGUUCUGGAACUUAAAAAACCUUUCUAGUUGUGGUCAAUGAGGAUAUUUACCUGUAAGGUGUAGAUCUACUACUGCUAGUUGAAACAUUAAUUUUCUUUUUGUAGUGUUGUUUUGG